AUGUCUCAACAAAGUACAGAUUUUUCAGCCUGGGACCUCGGUUUCAGUCUUGCACCGUUUGUCUCUGGAGAUGCAGGAAGGUUGUUGUCAGAAUAUGCCAAAAUACCGCCUGAAAAAAUCGAGGGCCAUAUAAGAGCCAUAGCAAAACGAGGAUGGGACAAGUUACAUUACCCUUGCUUUAAGAUGUGCUUGUUUUUGCACUUUGACCUAGCCCAGUCUCCAAUAUACGAUGAAAUACUGUCCCGUGUGAAGAAUGGUAGUGUGGUUUUUGACUUGGGUUGUGGCUUAGGUCAAGAUAUACGCCGCCUUGUUUAUGACGGUGCACCGCCAGAAAAUAUUAUUGGUCUUGAUCUUUAUCAGGAAUACAUUGAUCUCGGGUUCGAACUUUUCCAUGACCGAGACAGACUGAGUUCAACUACCUUUAUCGCCCAAGAUUUCUUUGACUAUCGUCUCAAUCUGAUGCAAUGGGCCAAUCGCCACAAGGUUGUUAAUUCUGGCUACUUCAUGCAUUUAUGGAAUUGGGAUGGCCAGGUUAAAGUGGCAAAGCGCAUUCUCAAGUCAUUGUGUUUGCAAAAGGAUGAUAUCAUUACCGGAGUGCAUUUUGGGAGUGCGGAGACUGGGAUUUGGAAAGAGGACCCUAUUAGCAAAGAUCCUAUGUACCGUCAUAACUCUAAAACCUUCUCCAGGCUUUGGGAGCAAGUUGGAAGAGAGACCAAAACACGUUGGGCAGUCUGGUCCACAAUGGAACAUGACAAGUACCUUGUGAAACUGGACCCCAACGGCCUUCGUCUCCGAUGGUAUGUCAGGUUCCUGGGCGAAGAAUCCAAGAUAUAA